AUGAUUUUUCAGGUGGUACCACCAAAUAGGCAUUGGCGAAUUAGUAAUGAAGCUGUUUCGUUGGGACAUUCGGUAGUGUCCGGUUUUUGGGCAUUAUAUGCGAUCAUUGUUUAUCCAAAACUAAUGGAAGAUAUGGUCAAAUAUAAAAAUACCAUGGCACAUUAUCUGUUGAUCAUGUCGACGGGUUAUUUAAUCCACGAUAUCAUUGAUUUGCUUAUCAAUGAGCAAUCACUGCGCAUCAUCGAACUUCUUUUUCAUCAUGUCAUCGUUCUCAUUGCUUUUGGCGUAAAUUAUGCUACUGAUAAAUUUUUAGGUGUUGUGCUUUGCGGUUUGCUGAUGGAGCUGAACAGUAUUUUCCUCCAUUCACGCUCCAUGCUCAAUCUGUAUCGCGUGAAUAAAACAUCAACAGCAUUCCGUAUUAUUGCAUUACUAAAUAUUGUAACAUUUAUUAUUUUUCGCUUAGCUGUGAGCGCCUAUUUGCUGUACUGGCAUUUCUCCACUGCCUGGAAAAUGACGUGGUAUAUCACACUGGUUACAUUUGUUGUGAUCGUCUCACUAGCAAUCACCAAUGUGGUACUUCUCUAUCGGUUGGUUUGUUUUUUCCCUCAAAUUUUAAAGCAAAAAAAUAUUUGUUAA